GCCUCCUUCCCUCCUCCCCCGCCCUCACCCCCCGACUCGUUUGAGCAACCGAUAAAACGACAUGGUAGACAUCCCAUUGGAGAGCGGCUAUGGGCUCCCGGCCGCAUAUGUCGCCGGGCUUCGUGCUUCACCAGAUUUUGUGCCUCAAAGAUAUGCCCAUUUCGUGCCAUCGCCCACAUCCCCGGAUCAGAUGUCUCUGAUGGGACAGUUUUUUACCCGGCUAUGGUCAAGGAGAAGUGCGGUGAGCGGUCACAUACCGGUAGCAGUGCAUCAGGAUCUAAACCAUCGGAUGGGACUUUGAUUGACACGUCUUCUUGGCUCGAGCUCGUUCCUAUCGUCGGACACUUUUCCUCCCCCUCAAUAUUUUCUUGCUCAUGUUAAUGCUCUCAUACUCAUACUCAUACGCAUGCUCAUACGCAUGCUCAUGCUCGUGCUUCGUGCUCUCACACCAUACCACGCAAUCGGGUCAAUCAAUACAGCGCACACAUUCCUUUCGUUCUACCCCUUCAUCGAUGAUUAAACGACCAAACAAAAUGAAUAUAUGUUCAUGCUAACCACUUUUGGUGAAUAACUAACUAGUCAUGUCAUGUCCGUCGAAAAGUAUAUUUCCCGUAUUCUAGUAUUCAAGUAUCUUAGUAUCUGGGUUCCCAAUAGUCCUCCCCAUCUUACCACCUGGUCCCUAAUGCCUCCGUUGAAAGUUUAACGUCAAUUAUCAUCCGAAUUAGCGUCACGGCAUCUUCUGCCUUCAUCGGUCCACCCCACCAAUGUAGAGCAAAAAAUUCCAUCUACCGCGCCAUGCUAACAGUGGCAAGCAAGGAUUCGGUGCUUUUUUGAUCCAGAUCUUUUUCCUAUUCUCCAGUGAGGCUAAUCUAACUAAAGGCAAGUUGCAUCUAACUUUGAUCGAUCAUCGUCCUAUCACAUUCUCUUGUUCAACUUGUCAACUUCUCUCGUACAUUUCACCUCUCACCCAACUUCAUAUUCUCAUCUCCACUCCGGAAUCUAGCACCCCUCGACCCAUUCUUGUAUGCCCUUAUCCCGGUUCCUGUUGACCCAUCUAGGUUUCCUUCUUCUCUUCUUUCCGUCAUCAUGCUACAACCCGCAUGCUGUCUGGACCAUAUAUUAAGGUGACUUUUCCCAUCGGGACUUCCGAAUCUCCUUCUUAAUAAGUACUUUCCAAUAAUACUUUGCAUAUCUCUCACCGACUUUGGCUUCUAUAUAUCAAGACUUUGGACUCAGGAACAUAUCUGUCGUCGACAAUAUAUACUACUUGUCUACUCUUGCUUCUACCUCUUCCCUUCUCCUUACUUCAUAGCCCAAACUUUACUCUCUAGACAACAUUUAUCAUGUCGCCAGCUGCUAUCGCAGAAGCGCAUAGAGAAGAUGCAUACAUCGCCAACACCAAGGCGAUGAGUAAUGGAUCUUCAUUAUAUGUGAAUGGAGGAGCUGUUCAACUUGGUAUGAAGAGAACCACAUUCCUAUUUGAUCGACAUCUCCACAAAGAAUUCCCGGUAAUCGUACGAGGAAGUGGAAGCAAUCUUUACACUAAAGACGGGCGGGUCAUAUUUGAUGCCACAUCCGGCGCCGCUGUCUCAUGUUUAGGACAUGGCAACAAGCGAGUCACCAAUGCCGUUUUCCAGCAAAUGGCGUCCGGCAUUCCAUACCUAGCCUCGGGAUUCUUUGCCCAUGAGACUGUGGACGAUCUUUGCGAAGAACUUAUAAAUGGCACUGGCCGAAAAAUGGCCCGAGUCUAUUUGACUGGUUCAGGAUCCGAGGCUAUGGAAGCCACAUGCAAAUUGGCACGACAGUACUUUUACGAGAAAGAUAAAUCUACUCCACGAGUCAACUUCAUUGCUCGAGAAGGAUCAUACCAUGGCAACACUCUAGGCGCAUUAGGCAUGUCAGGCCACAAAGCACGCCGCGCACCCUAUGCCCCCUUCCUGAUGCCCAACGUCCAUCACGUGUCCUCCUGCAACCCCUAUCGCCAACGUCUCCCCAAUGAAUCCGACGCCUCAUUCGUUUCCCGCAAAGCCGCCGAACUCGAAGCCAAGUUCCAAGAGCUCGGUCCCGAAACCGUCAUCGGCUUCUGCGCUGAACCGGUCGUCGGCGCAGCACUCGGCUGCGUCGCUGCUUUGCCCGGCUACCUCAAAGCCAUGCGCGAUGUAUGUCAUCGCCACGGAGCGCUUUUCAUCCUCGACGAAGUCAUGUGUGGCAUGGGUCGCACCGGAACUCUGCACGCAUGGCAAUCCGAAAACAUCGCUCCCGAUCUCCAAACCAUUGGGAAAGGACUCGGCGGCGGAUAUCAACCAAUUGCCGGCGUGCUGAUUUCGCAGAAAGUCGUCAAUGUUCUCUACAACGGCACCGGACAGUUUAUCCACGGACAAACAUACCAAGGAAUGCCUGUUCAAGCCGCCGCUGCUCUAGAAGUCCAACGUAUCAUCCGUCAGCAUGAUGUCCUCGACAAUGUCCGCACGCAAGGUGCAUAUCUCGGCAAACUUCUCAAACAACGCCUUUCCGAUCAUCCCAACGUAGGAGACAUUCGCGGAAAAGGACUUUUCUGGGGCAUUGAAUUUGUGAAAGACAAAAAGAGCAAAGCGGCCUUUGAGCCCAAACUGAGCAUUGCGCAAAAGAUACACGAUCGAGCUAUCUCACACCCAUACAACAUGACCAUUUAUCCCGGGACCGGCACGGUAGAUGGCAUGUGUGGAGAUCACAUCAUGUUGUCGCCGAACUACUUGGUUACGAAAGAGGAUAUCGAAUAUAUUGUGAGGGUUACGGCGGAUGUCAUUGAAACCGUUUUUGAAAAUCUGUAAGGGAGGGUUUAUAAAAUUUACAUUCGGGAUGGGGACUUGGGGUUUGGGAAUUAUAUCUUAUAUCAUGUUUUGCUCUAUUUAUGGAGGGCCUUGCAAAAGGACUGAGUACAAGAGGUUGCUUUGGAGAUAGGAGAUUCGGAGAUUGGAGUUAUAUUAGGGAUCCAAGUGUUCUUGGGAGAUAGCAUGGAUGGGGAUGGAUUUCCUGAGUUUUUUAUUUUAUUUUACUACCAUUUAUAUAUGCAAAGCUUCAGGGCUCUUUCGCGUUUGAGCAAUAUUGGAUGUUGGUUUGGCGUGUAGGAGAAACUUCGGACGGCAACAUGGGCAUUUCCUCGUUAUUUCUUGUCUUGUUUUUGUUUUCUCAUUUUGGAGGCGUUUAUUGCAUCAUGGAAAAAAGAGAUAUAUGCCUGGAAUUUGCUUUCUAUCUGUAUCCUGUAUGCUACCUACAGAAACGAAAAGCCGAAUAAAAUUAAAAAAUGAUUACUCCCAUAAUUUGCAUACA